UUACUAUAAUCAGAAUCAUUAUAUUCCAGUGAGUCAAGGGCAAGGCUGCUUGUAGUUACGAGUAAGACUGAGACAGAUAAGUCACAUCCCACUCUGUUCGGUUCUGGGCGGAAGUUUUGUUGAAUACAUUCUCUUUAUCCUAGCUCAAACCUGUUGCUUUACCUGGUGACCAAUAAAUUGAUUAGCUACUGCCACAAUGAUCAAGGGUGUGUUGGUGUCAGUGCUAGUUGUGGUGUCUGCAGUUGCAUUGGGGCUAUACAUAGACUACAACAAUGCUUUCACUGGUACAGCCCCAUCACCAAUAAUGCAAUGGUGGGGAGAAGGUAAACCUAGAUUAGAUGAUGGCAUCAUCAAACCAUUCAAAAUCAACUUUCCCAAAGAGCUUCUGGAUGAUUUGCAUCAUCGUCUCAGCAACACUCGCCCUUUCCACCCACCACUAGACGAUGUGGGUUUCCAGUAUGGAUUUAACACAGAGUUUCUGCAGACUGUCCUGGACUUUUGGAGAACGAAAUACUCCUGGGAGGAACGUCAAAAUUACUUGAACUCCCUGCCUCAAUACACAAUGGAAACUCAAGGCCUGCAGAUCCACUUCAUCCAUGUAAAACCAAAAAAUGCAAAAGGAUUACAUGUAUAUCCACUCCUGCUAGUCCAUGGUUGGCCAGGUUCUGUGAGAGAAUUUUAUGAUAUCAUCCCUCUGCUGACUACUCCAAGAGAAGGACAAGAUUUUGUGUUUGAGGUAGUUGCCCCAUCACUGCCUGGCUAUGGAUUUUCACAGGCUACAACCCGACAUGGUCUUGGACCAGCCCAGGUCGCCGUUGUCUUGCGCACUCUUAUGAAGCAACUGGGUCACAAAAGGUACUAUGUCCAAGGCGGAGAUUGGGGCAGCAUCAUUGUCACUCUGCUUGCACAGAUGACCCGUGGUGAUAGGAUUCUUGGACUUCACACAAAUAUGGCGUAUGUUAUGCCAACUACUGGAAUGAUGGCGUGGCAAAUCAUCGGCAGUUGGUAUCCAAGUCUUAUUGGUGAUGAAACAGAACAGAAGUAUGUUUAUCCAAUGUCUGACCACUACUCCUUUUUGCUAGAGGAAUCUGGAUAUUUGCAUCUGCAAGCUACCAAGCCUGACACAAUAGGUGUAGCUUUGAGAGAUUCACCGAUGGGGCUGGCUGCUUACAUCUUGGAGAAGUUCUCAACUUGGACUGAUCGUUCAUGGAAGAGUCUCAAGGAUGGAGGUCUUCUUAAAAAGUUCAAGCUGGAAGCUCUAUUGGACAAUGUCAUGAUCUACUGGAUGACAGGCACCAUCACUACCUCCAUGCGUCUGUACAGUGAACACUUCAACAGGACCCAUCGAGCAUUGGGCUUUGACCAUAGUGACGACAUAAGAAGGGGGCUGUACGAGUGGAGUGAAGGAGAUCAAAUCUCAGACAAUAACAAUGACGUUUUAGGCUCCGACAAUGAGAAUGUGUUUGGUGAUAGUGGGGAUGAACAAGAUGAAACCGCAGAAGAUAUCCUCGCUGCUUCUUACUUCGACAAUGAACUUGACGUGGAGAUCCAAGAACCUGCAUUACCAAAAAAAGCCAUCCGAGUUUUGGCUGACUUAGAACCAAGGCAGAGCUGCAGACAUGCCUUCCAGACACUCCAGAUAAUGACUGUUACUGCGCUAUACAUCCAAGAAGUUAUCAUGUAUGCACACCAGAAGAAUCUCAAAACUGGAAAGGACCUUCAUCACUACAACACAUGUUAUGCAACAAGCUACACUCUACCCAUACACCGCACAGCACUUUUCGAGGAGAAACCAACCUACAUUGGGCGAAAGCUAUGGAACCAUCUACCACAACCAUUAAGAGAGCUUCAGGGUAACCCUUUUAAAAAAGCACUCCAUGACUUGCUUGUUGGACAGCCUUUCUACACCAUUGACGAAUUUUUGAACCAAGACUGGAGGCCUCAACUGGAACUCAACAAUCGCUCUCAAAUGUGA